AUGAUUACAGAGGGAUUUCCCCUGAAUUUCAGCACGUCAAAAAGGUCAUCCUUGCCAGAAGAAGAUGCAGAUGCUCUCCGACAGAUCAAUACUACUACAGUUAACCAACUGCUGGGAUUACCGGGCAUGACUUCCACAUUUACAGCCCCGCAACUGUUGCAGUUAAGGAUAAUAGCCAUAACCGCAUCCGCCGUGUCUCUGAUUGCCGGAUGUUUUGGGAUGUUUUUUCUUUCUAAGAUGGAUAAGAGAAGGAAAGUUUUUAGGCAUGACCUGAUUGCGUUUCUGAUAAUUUGCGAUUUUCUUAAAGCUUUAAUUCUGAUGAUUUAUCCCAUUAUCAUUCUGAUUAAUAAUAGCGUGUAUGCCAAACCUGCAUUUUUCAAUACAUUGGGAUGGUUUACAGCCUUUGCUAUUGAAGGGGCAGAUAUGGCUAUUAUGAUAUUCGCCAUCCACUUUGCCGUUUUGAUCUUCAAGCCUAACUGGAAAUGGCGUAAUAAAAGAUCAGGAAACAUGGAAGGUGGGCUAUACAAGAAAAGAUCAUAUAUCUGGCCGAUCACUGCUUUAGUGCCUGCCAUUUUGGCAAGCUUAGCCUUUAUUAAUUAUAAUAAGCUUAACGAUGACUCUGAAACUACCGUUGUGUUGGAUAAUAAUAACUAUAAUUUUCCCGACGCUCCUAGACAAGGUGGUUACAAACCUUGGAGUGCAUGGUGCUACUUGCCGCCGAAGCCUUACUGGUAUAAAAUUGUACUAAGUUGGGCUCCAAGAUAUUUCAUUAUCAUAUUCAUAUUCGCAGUCUACCUCAGCAUUUAUAUUUUCGUUACUAGUGAAAGUAAAAAAAUUAAAGCGCAAAUUGGAGACUUCAAUCAUAGUAUACAAGAGGAAGAGAAAGAAAAGAUGCUGCUUGGGUUAGGCCAUUGGGGGAAAGCGAAAUGGUAUUUCAGAUUCUACUUUAAAUCACCGUUUCUGCAUUUUUUGAGGAAUCUUAGGAAUUUUUUCACCAUUUCUCUGGUAGAUCCUAAUGAAGAAACUGACGAUUCAAGUAGUAGUGGUACCUUCGAUCUUAGCCAAAGUUCCAAUGAGGUACCUACACUAUUUAAAAAGAGAAAGAAAGGAAAUGAUGAGAAUGUCUCCAUAGGUGGUGGAGUUUGCUUACUCGACUAUAACAGUUCCAAACCACUCAAUAUAUCCAAAAAUAAUAAUUCUGAAGAUAUUGAUUUAGAAAAAAAUAAUCUAUUUGAUUGUGAAAAUGACCUUUCAUUAAAUCCAUCAAAAUUUAUGACCAAACAACGGGAGCAGAAUAUUAAUAUCAACAUUGUAAAUGAAAGACAUGAGACUAGGGAAAGUUCGGUGCUGGGACAUCAGAAUUUUUCGCGUCAAAAAUCUCUGGGAUCUUCCUUUGCUACAUAUGAUGAUGGUGGCGACAGCGACAACACCAAUAGAAAUAUGGAUAAAAAUAUCAAUGAAAACAAUAAAAAUAAUGAAAACGGCAAUGAUAAUGAUAAUGAUAAUGAUAAUGAUAAUGAUAACAACAACAACAACAACAACAGUACUAAUAACAAUUAUAAUAAUAACAAUAUUGGUCAUAAUAAUGAUUUCAGAUCAACUGAUAAUAUUCCCCCAGUUUUUAAUGGAGCCUUUACUCAGUGUCAAGAAUCUUCGCAGGAUAGUGUUAAAAAUAAUAAAAAUGAAGGUGAUAAUUUAAAGUUUACAGAUGUCCAACAACACUUUCAGGCUCAAACAUACAAGCAAAUGAAGAAACGUAGGGCACAAAUCCAAAAAAAUUUGAGAACAAUAUUCAUUUAUCCACUAUCAUAUAUUGCAAUUUGGCUCUUUCCCAUUAUUGCAGAUGUGUUACAAUACAACUACGAAAUAAAACAUGGUCCCGCUAUGUGGGUGUCAUACAUCGAUACUUGUGUUAGACCACUAAGUUGCCUCGUUGAUGUCGUUGUUUAUCUUUUCAAGGAAAAACCCUGGAACUAUUCGUGGGCCAAAACAGAAUCAAAAUUUCUUAUUGAAAAAUUUCUUUUAAAAGGUGAGCUUGGUGAGAAAGAAAUUCUGAAAUUUUGUCAUAGUGAUUGGGGUAAACGGGGUUGGUAUUAUCGUGGUAAAUGGAAGAAAAGAAAGUGCUGGAGAAAUUCUACAAGCACUUUGAAGCGUAUGAUGUGGUUUAUCGAUCGUUUCUUUAAACAAUUGUUAGAGCUAAAACUAAAUUUUGAUUUUUAUGACAAUUGUGACGAUUUUGAAUAUUGGGAGAACUAUUAUUCUGCUAAAGACUCAAACUAUAAUAAACGUACAGAAUCAUAUGAUACCAAAACUAUAAGCAGUGGUCGUUCACUUCCGUCAAAUUCACAGGAGCAGCAAACAAUACUUGAUAACAUCAAGGCUGAAGAGGUUGAAGUGCCAUUGUUUUGGAGAUUCAUUCACCAUAUCCCGAUGUUCGAUGGCAUAGAUCUUGAUGAACUAAACAGAUCGUUGAAAAUACGGUACAAUCAUGACCAUUUUUCUCUACCCGGUUUAAAGUUUGCAUUGAAUAAAAGAGAAAGUCAAGACCAAAAUCAAAACGUUUCAAGUAACAGUAUGGUUAAAUCGAGCUUACUUUCAAAUAAUAUUAUGACGCAAGAUGACGAAAAUAGCACGAAAAAGAAUAAGAAUAUACGCCAUCAAGGGACUACCAUAUCUGAAGACUAUCCGCUUAAGAUCUCAUUACCCGGUACUAAUCCUAGUCUAGUUAACGUCUCACAGUGUGACAGUGAUAAUAGUCACAUGGACCUGAUAGCCUUCUUAAAAAAUGGACCCUUAUAA